AUUUGUUCGGGUGUAUUUUCAAACUCGCAGUAAAUUGCUCUGAAUAUUUUUUUCUUUAGUUAUUAUUAUUUAACUUCUGCGGGAUUUACACCUGAAAAUAUCAAAAAUCCAACCAUCUAAUCGCAACACAACACUCGCAAGGCAUUAAAUUCCUCCUGAAAUUGCCUGAAAAGUGACAAAAAGAAAGUGAAAAUUGAAUUAAUUCCCGUACAUCUACACAAAGAGGCAAAAAAAAAUAAUAAUAAAAAUAAAUAAAAUUCUACGACUCAAAAAUAACAAGUCUCCGAGAAUAUUUAAAACGUAGUAAAUCUCAAAUGAACCCGGAAUAGUUAGCAAUAAAAUAAAAUAAAAUAUUUUUAAUAAUGGAUGAUACAGAUUCAGGUCAAGUUCCCGAAGAACAAUUGGAUCCGAGGAUACAGAUCGAACUGGAGAACCUGAAUACAGCAACAGAUGGGAUCAAUAAACUGGAAAUUGAACUUGAGGAAGCGAAUGCAACUUUCAAUAUUUUACUAAAUGAAUCAACGAGGAGACUUAAGCUGUUGGUCAAGAAGCUGGGUUCUUCAAUUGAGAAAGCAAGGCCUUAUCACGAAGCUGUUGAAGCAGCAAGAAAAGCACAAAUUGAAUGUCAAUCAGCUGCGGUGAAAUAUCAACGUGCUAAUGAAAUCCAUGCAGCUGCAAAAGAAACUGUCGCAUUGGCGGAACAACGUUUCAUGAGCAACUCUCACGAAUGGCAGUUCGAUAAUGCGUGGCAAGAAAUGCUCAACCAUGCUACACUCAAGGUAAUGGAAGCUGAAAAGAACAAGGCUGAAACAGUAGCUGAACAUCAACGAAGAGCUGCAGUUUUUAGUGCGGCGGAAAAACGUGUUCAAGAAUUAGAAGACAAAUAUCGCGGAUCUAUCAACAAAUCACGUCGAUAUUUCGAGGAGAAACAAGUGUGUCAAGAUCAGUUGGAAACGCAAAAAGGCAGAAUUCAACAACUUCAGGCACAAUUACAGGCUUGCAAGACAGCGUAUGCGACAUCGUUGAGAAAUCUCGAACAAAUUAGCGAAGAUAUUCAUCGACAACGCGGCGAUUUGCACGAACCUCCUCCUCCGGGGCCUCGUCAACCGGGUGUUGGCUGUGAUAUCAGCGAGAUGACAAAAUCCGCUAACCGAAAAAUAAAUCAGACAAUGAACUCAUCUCUAUUGCCUCAAACGUUGCCCGAUUUUACGGCAGAAUUAGACAAAUGCGAGUAUCCGUCGACGACGAAUUCGACGGUAGCAAGUUCAGCUGUGAGUGAAAAGGAUCCCGACGAAGAAGAUCCGGAUGAUUUGGAUCUCGAGGAGUUGCGACAAAAGGUCAAAACACUCGCAGUUCGUCCCGUCGAAGGCGGCGAUGGACAACCCACAGAUACGACAAAUUGGGAACACGAACUUCACACAACUGUCGAUAAACUUGAUCAUCUUAUGAUGAUUCGCGAAUUGUCAGCGUCGCAAAAGAACACGAGCAGCUUACCGAAUAGCCCGAAACACAAAGCGUCGUCAACAGCUACAUUACCUUCCACACCAACGAAUCCUGCACUCAAACGUCUCGAGAAGGCGGAUCCGUUACCGCUUGCCAAUGUCUCAAUGUACAUGCUUCCAACCAGUGAUGUGCCAUCGACGCAACAACAAAGACGGCGCAAAUUGUCACAAUAAAUAUUUUUUAAGCAUUAACACUCACCGCGCGAUGUCAGCACAGAAACUCAGACUUUACAAGCAUUUACGAAUAGGGUGCUUUAUACUUUUUCUUCUACUUCUGUCUCUUCUUCUCUUUUAUGACGUCACGUUAUAGUUGAACGUUUGUUUGUUUGUUCAUGUAUUUAUUUCGUAUUUUGUCACAAAAAUAACAAAAAAUUUCUUUCGUAAAAAAAAUUUGAAUAAAUUAUAAUUUUUUUCUUCUCCAAAAUCCUCUCUCAAUUUUUGUUUGAGUUUUAUUUUCCUGAUAAACGUAGUUUUAGUUUAAUUUUAGUAAAAAAAAAAUUAAUGAUACAAUCCCAUCGCUCAUGAUUUUCAAAAUACCUAUUAAUUAAGUUUCCAGAUCUACUGAUAAACAAUAUAAAAAAAAAUAGAAAUUUUCUCGUACUCUCAACUUUUUAUGUCAAACCUACAAUAAUAUCUCAAUGUUAUUAUCACAUCUGAAAAAAAAGUAAAAAUAACAAAACAGCACAGAUACAGAAAAAAAAACUUAAAAUACGUAGCAAUAAUAAAAUUUACAGAAAAAAUAAUCAUUAACCAUACCUGACUCUUGUUAAUUUUACGUAUCACGAAAUCCGAAUAAAAAUAAGAAAUUGAAGAAAGUGCAAAAAGUAAUUUUAAAAGAAAUUGAAUUGAAGAAAUAGUUAAGAGCUUUAAUUGUGUAAAUUUAAUUGAUCGCUCUUUCAAAAGAUAUCUUUUUUAUUAAAGAGUGAGCGUAAAGAGUCUGAAAAUGUCUCGCAAAUAUAAGGGUUAGUUAGAGUUUAUUGAUAAAAGUAUUGAUCAAGCUUUGUUAUAGUCUUAAUUUUAAUUAAAGUUAAAAAAAUGAGAAAUUUGACAUUUUAAGAGAAAAAUACAAUAAAAAUGGUAAAAAUUAAUAAAAAUAGAGAAUUAAGAAUAUAAUGAGAACAUUUUAAAAGUUGUUUAUUUUGAAAUUGAUCU